AUGAGUCCUCUACCUCUCGUCGCUCGUGAAGACACUCGCCGUCGCCCAUAUGGUCCUCGGUCCCGAAACGGCUGUCUGACGUGUAAACGUCGCAAGGUUAGAUGCAAUGAACGCAGGCCUCGAUGCUAUCAUUGCCAGCGUCUGAACCUGGAAUGUGAUUGGAAAGUCAACGAGCCACAACGACAGCCCCCUUUGCAGAAUGACGCAGAUUCUCUCGGGUCAAACAUCGCAUUGGAGGUCAAUCAGCUAUCUCCUUCGCCUUUCCUCCUUGACUUUCACCCCAUACCAGCUCCGACAGAGGGGUUUCACAUGUUCCAAAAUGUCUAUUUCCCAGACUUCGAUUCCCUGAGGUCGUCUCUCCCUCCGCAACAGUCACCACAACAAUCCCCAGUCGCCAAUCCGGAAGUCGAAAGCUCGCUACAUUUACACCUGCCACCAAUUCUUGAUCCGGUAGAGAAUGGCCCCAGGUGUGCUUCUGCACGGGAACUGCUCGAAAGCAUGGCAACCUCUUCCCAGAUGCUCCGCUCUUCAAUCGCGGCCUUCGAAGCCAUACAGUUCGGAAGUGGAGGACGGCCAGCGGGUUACCACCAACACUACGAGAAUGCUGCGAUGGAGUUGUCACAAAAAUUUGGAGAAUCUGCGGGGGACGUCAUAAUCAGCGAUAAUGAACUCAGAUACGUUCUGGCCACUAUCUUUUUCCUUACAUACAUAAAUUUCCUCACUUCACGGCUGGAUCUUGCCUAUUUGAACCUUGCAAAGGCGCAUAAUGCGGUGCAAGCAUCACAGAGGAGUAGCUUGGGCUCCACAGAACUACGCAUCAUCUCUUGGAUUCGUUUGUUAGACGCCCGCGCGGCAUCGGCUGGUGGGGAAGGUGUCUUGGUCAAUGACACCUCAGGAAUCUAUACCUCGCCCCAAAGCUCGAGCUCCCCGAGCUCAACGCCGCAAAGCAUAGGCUCCGCCUCCAAUCCCGGAGCACACGAGGUGAUCUAUGAUUUGUUAUGCCAGCCGGGGAUAACUUUCUUCCAGGAAGUCCAGACGAUCACCGGCCGUAUCACCAGAAUUGCUCAUAAUCACCGCAGCCGAGGGAGUGUGGAGGACGAGACUGAGGUGAUGGCUAUCGCCGCUGAUAUUUUGGCGGACCUGUCAUCCUUGUAUGAUAGGAGACCACCACUCACAGACCAUGCUGUAGCUGGAAAUAUUGACAGUGAUACUCUGGCCGAGCCACUCGCGUCCACUAUUGUCCGCUCAUUCCAGACGUAUCUUGCUAACUUUUACGCCUGCUACAUUCACCUCCAUCGAGUUGCCCACCGUCAUUUAGUUCGUUCAAAGGCAGCAGUGACAGCGCUGUGCAAAAUCAAGGAAAUAGUGCAUCGCAUGGUCAAGAAUAAUGAAUCUAUACCGGUCAACAUGUUAUGGCCAUUAUUUCUAUGGGGUACUGAAGAGGAUGACUAUGCCGAAUUCCAAUGGAUCCUUCAGAUCAUUCGCGGUCUUCAGCAUGUCUUCACCAACGCGAACAUGACGGCCGACGUACUCCAGGAGACCCAAAGGAGGCAGCGCGAGGGGGGCAAGCGCGUCGACAUUCGUUCUGUGUGUCUAGAGUUAUUUUACACCACUUUCGCUAUUGUUUGA